CCUUAUCGUCUCCCCGAGCCUCAUCUCCGCGACCCACCACCUCCGCGGCGCCAUGGCGGCCACCCUCUUCUCCACCUCGCUCUCCCGCACCUUCCUCCCCGUCCCCUCCGGCCCCAAGACGAAGGCGGCGGCGGCGGCGGCCUCCGCGUCGUUCCACCUUGGGGUGGCGGUGGCGCCGCUGCGCGCCGCGCUGGCGGCGCCGCGGAGCCGGCUCGCCCCCGUGGCCGUCGCCGUGUCGGAGGAGGUCGAGGCGGAGGAGUCGCAGGGCGGGGAGGAGUCGGAGGGGGAGUUCGCUGAGGACCUCAAGGUGUUCGUCGGGAACCUGCCGUUCAGUGUCGACAGCGCGCAGCUCGCUGGGCUCUUCGAGCAGGCCGGCUCCGUUGAGAUGGUCGAGGUUGUAUACGACAGACAGACUGGAAGAAGCCGUGGAUUUGGAUUUGUCACAAUGUCUUCGAGUGAAGAAGCCGGUGCAGCUGUCGAGCAAUUCAAUGGAUAUACAUUCCAAGGAAGGCCUCUGAGGGUAAACUCAGGGCCACCUCCGGCCCGGGAUGAAUUCUCGCCCAGACCACCUAGAGGUGGCGGGAACAACUUCGAUUCAUCCAACAAGGUCUAUGUAGGGAACCUUUCUUGGGGCGUCGACAACUCAACGCUCGAGAACUUGUUCAGUGAGCAAGGAAAUGUGCUUGAUGCCAAGGUCAUCUAUGACAGGGAGAGUGGCAGGUCAAGGGGUUUCGGUUUCGUUACCUAUGGCUCUGCUGAAGAAGUCACCAAUGCCAUAUCAAAUCUUGACGGCGUUGAUCUGGACGGCAGGCAGAUCCGAGUUACAGUUGCAGAAUCAAAGCCAAGGCGUCAAUUUUGAAAUUCUUUUGUUACAUUAAUUUAGAGGUUUAUUAUGAUGUGCUUUCCAGAUGUUAGUUUCUAGCUUCUACUAUUGUACACCCGUCUGGCCAAAACGAAAACUGAUGUGGUUAAUGAGAGACUGAGAAGAUCUGAAAGUGAAAAUGUACACGAGGGGAAGAUUUUCCCCAAUGAUGCAAUGCACAGAGCCUCUUGGAAAAAAGAACAUGUCCAUCGACUCUUACAA